AUGGCUCCGCAACGCAUACACACUCCAGACCACAUGCUAUCGCGAACACCAACCAAAAUCGACCCGCCCACCCCACAGCCACCCAUGCUCCCACUACCCAACCCACACAGGCCGACCGGACCCAUCUCACGAACCGAGCCAUUCUCUUCCCUUCCUCCAAACGACACCAACCCCAAUCCCAUCCAGAUCCAAUGCCAAACCGACGAAGACGAAGAGUCCCCCGUCGGCCGCGUGUGA